UUCUUCCUCCAUCCACUCUCUUCCUUGCUCCCCAAGCCAAUUCAAAACUAGCAAAAAUCUUCAAUAAAAAAAUCCCGACGUAUUCUUCAUAGAUAGAUGAUCGAUCGGAGAUGAGCUGCAAUGGUUGUCGAGUUCUCCGCAAGGGAUGCAGCGAAUCCUGCAUCCUACGGCCGUGCCUUCAAUGGAUCGAGAGUCCGGAAGCACAGGGCCACGCCACGGUCUUUGUUGCUAAGUUCUUUGGCCGCGCAGGUCUCAUGGCCUUCAUCUCCGCCGUCCCUGAACAAAAUCGCCCGGCUCUUUUCCAAUCUCUGUUAUUCGAAGCGUGCGGGAGGACUAUCAACCCGGUAAACGGAGCGGUGGGUCUCAUACGGAUGCGGAGAUGGAACCUAUGUCAAGAGGCGGUGGAGACGGUUUUGCGAGGCGGGACGAUCCGCCCGAUCUCGGACCUCGCGGAGGACAGCGCAGUUGACGAUGGUGAAAUCGAUGAGAAGCGACCGAAAACCCCUUUGAUUGGAGAUCGCCGGUCUCAGGUGAACUGUGAUCUGGAACUUCAUCUUAGGUUGCCGCUGAUGGAAGAGAAAUGGAGGCCAGGUACGCCAUCGAAAUGGAGGCCAGGUACGCCAUCGAUGAACUCUAGUACUACCGGCGAUGAUGAUGGGUUUGUUGAUCGUGAGCAGGGGCUUUUGAAUCUCUUCGUCUGAUGUGGGUCGGUGGGUGCGUUUCACGGUGAGAAAAUGCGGCUGCCUUUUUUAUUUUUUAUUUUAAAUGAUAUUUACCCUCCUCUUUCUUUCCGUAUGAGAAGUGUGGUUUCCAUUGAGUUUCUUUGUUUCUCCGAAACAUGGGCCUCGGUUACCCCACAUGAUCAAAUUGCAUGCCCCUAAAUGAUUUUUCUCAGGGAAUUUGGUUAAUGUAUUUUCUCCAUUGGGAUUGAUGGACAAAUUUUGGAUUUGAACGUCUUAAUACAAAUUGAGAUGAUCAGGCCUUCUUUUUUUAGUUAAUUUGUUUCCAAUCUAUUCUAAAUGAUUGUGAUCAAUUCCUUUAUAAUCCUUUCAAAACCCCUUUGGUUUAAGA